UAGUGGGACAAGAAACGCACGUUGAGCUGAGCUGGUGUGUUUCUUAUGAUUACUGUCAAGAAGCGUUGAGUUGGAGUGAUAAACAGUCUGAAAUGGCCAACAAUGAAAAUCCAAUAUUGAAUAAAGAAACUGUUCUUGGCUUCCUGGAGGAGGCGGAAGUCUGGCAGCUACAGAGUUCCCAAUUCCCGAGUAAAGUUGGCGGUAAACCUGCGUGGUUGAGUCAGACGAACCUUCCUAGUCUUCCAGAUUCGGCGUGUGAUAAAUGUCAACUCCCCACAGCUUUUCUGCUGCAGGUGUAUGCACCCAUCACCGAACAGGAUAGAAGUUUCCAUCGAACUGUGUUUGUAUUUUGCUGCAAGACACCUGACUGCUUCUCGCAAAAUGACAGCCGUUGUCUAAAAGUCUAUAGGAGUCAGCUGCCACGGGGAAAUGAUUUCUACCCCUUUGAUCCCCCAACGGACGAGGCUCCAAUCGGGACAGAGCCCGACCCAUGUGUACUUGGUUCUGGAGUUAAACUGUGCCGGCUGUGUGGCUGUCCUGGUCAGAAAGCCUGUUCCCGCUGUCAUGCUGUGUACUAUUGCAGUAAAGAACACCAGACUAUAGACUGGAGACACAGCCACAAGAAAGAAUGUGUUGGUCAAGCGCUGUCCAGUGCUGUGCCAUCACCAUUCCUGUUCCCCGAGUUUGAACUCGUCACUGAGCCUGAAGAGCUGCCAGUGGAAGAGGACCCAGAGACAGUAAAGGGUGUUCAGAGGGAUGUUGACCACUCCACCUUGGUUGACUCCUUGGAGUCAGAGCUUGAAGACAUGGCCAUGCAUGAAACCCAAGAUACCAAGGUAUUCCAGAAGUUUAAACAACGGAUUCAAACUGAGCCACAUCAGGUUCUGAGGUACUGCAGGGGUGGUUCUCCUCUAUGGCUGUCAUCUGAGCAUGUUCCUUCAGAAAAUAAUGUCCCGCACUGCCUCUGUGGCUCCAGAAGGGUGUUUGAGUUCCAGGUGAUGCCGCAGUUGCUAAACCACCUGAAAGUUGACAGUCCAGAGGCCAGUAUAGACUGGGGAACGCUUGCUGUCUAUACAUGCGAGACCAGCUGUGACCUGGGGAACAAAUACAGUCCUGAGUUCAUAUGGAAACAGGACCUCACUAAAGAAAAGCAAGCGGAGAGCAACUAAGGAAUAACAAACAUAUUCACUAAUAACUGUAUUGUAUAUACAUAUUUGCAAUGUAAUGAAUAAUAAGAACUGCCAAAUUGACUGUAAUAAAAAUAUGUAACAAACUUUCAC